UUCUGUUUGGGCAUUGGUGUGUCUUGAGAAAGUGCUGGCUGAAGUGUGUCAAGAGGAGGGAAAGGGUGGAAACAAGAAAAGGAAAUGCAUUUUAAUGGAGGAGAAGGAGGAGGUGGGGUGUGUUUUUCCAGUGUGGAGUCCCCCCACCCCCGAAGUCUGUGCAAGAGAAUCGUUCUGCGCAAGGCUGCAAGGAAGGGGGGAGAGGGGGAGGAGCAAAUAGUGAAGGUAGCCCCGCCCUUAAAGAAAGUCUAUUGGCUGACGAGCGUGUCAAUCAUUUCACUUCCUGUUGGGAGGCGAGUAUGGUCCCGUCACUCAGCUCUUUUUCUUUUCUUUUAAAAAAUGGUUGAAACUGAAUGGUGAAAUGAGCGCAAUCUGUCCUACGUUUUUAUUCUCAUCGUUUCCUGUGCGAGGGGAGGCCAUUUUGUAACCCCGAAUCAACUUUUGUACUUGUUUCUUACUUUCUGUUUCUCUUGGUUUGCCUUCAAGUUUGUUGUACUUUCUCAUCAACAGCACAAGGAGGAAAAACUACCAGCAAAGGAAAGGGUAGAAAGAGGAGGAGUAAGAGGAGGCUAAUUUCCCUCCUUCAGUGAGGGUGUUUGUUUCUCACGCUCAUGUGAAGGAGGGAAGACACCGUCAAGGAAGGGCAGAAAGCACUUCCUGCAGAGAGGGAUCCAUUCCUUUAUUCCACAGGGAAGCGAGGACUAUGCUCAAUACUCCUGUGUGGUUGAGCCUGUGAACGAGCGUUUGUUUUCUAGAAAGUGUUGAGAGGUUGGAAGCACAGCUUAGGAGGUUGCGAGGAUGGCCAACGCCAGCCCCUGCAUGCCUUCGGGACCCGUGGCCCAGGUCUUCUUUUCUCCGGGGACAUCCUCACUGCAUGGUUCGCCCGCGGUGACCCCCCUCCCCGUGGCCUCCGUGUCCCCCCAGGGUGGAUUCAACGUGAUGGACUUCACCCACGGGCUUGGUGCGUCGGGGGGUGCAACGAUGCCCCCGGGGUCCCCGGCUUCAGGGGUGUCUUUCAGCAUCCAGAUUGGCCUGACGCGGGAAUCGGUGCUGAUGGCACAGAGUGCAGACCUGGCCCACGUGAAACAACUUGCCUGCUCCAUAGUUGACACCAAGUUCCCUGAGUGUGGCUUCUAUGGUAUCUAUGAUAAGAUUUUGCUGUUUAAGCACGACACAACAACCAGUAACAUCCUGCAGCUGGUGAAAACUGCAGGUGAUAUUCAGGAGGGAGAUCUGGUGGAGGUGGUGCUUUCUGCGGCAGCCACAUCAGAAGAUUUCCAGAUUCGGCCCCACGCUCUCAACGUACACUCCUAUCGGGCCCCUGCCUUUUGCGAUCAUUGUGGAGAGAUGUUGUUUGGACUAGUCAGACAAGGGCUUAAGUGUGAUGGGUGUGGACUGAACUACCAUAAGCGGUGCGCAUUCAACAUUCCAAAUAACUGUCGAGCUCGGAAGAGACGCCUGUCCACCACCUCUGUGAACAGCAGCCAGUCUCUGCGCCUCUCGACCAGCGAGUCCGCUUACAGCGUCGGGACCACGUCUACCACCACCGAAGACUCUGGUCUGGUCCGUUCACACACGCAAAUGCCUCGGACCCCGAGUGAGGCCCGGCGCUUUUACACGGGCCGACCCGUGCAAUUGGACAAGAUCCUGAUGAGCAAGGUGAAAGUGCCACACACCUUCGCCGUCCACUCGUACACGCGUCCGACAGUGUGCCAGUACUGCAAGCGGCUCCUUCGGGGGAUCUUUAGGCAGGGCCUGCAGUGCAAAGACUGCAAGUUCAACUGCCAUAAACGGUGUGCAUACAAAGUUCCUAAUGACUGUCUUGGUGAAACCAUCGGAGACAUGUUGAGUCCCACUGCUGACCCUGAAGUACCCAUGGACUACACCAGCGACUACGACGCCUCAGACAAAUCAUCUAUGGAUGACUCGGACGAGUCUUGCAGCAUCCCAGGCUCCUUUUCUCCCGUGAGCAACCAGGGUGGAGUCAGUGCAGACCAGAGUGUUUACAUUCCACUCAUGAGGGUGGUCCAGUCAGUGAGGCAAACAACUCGUCGAUCCAGCACAGCUAUCAAGGAGGGCUGGAUGGUUCACUACAGCAAUAAGGACACACUGAGAAAGAGACACUACUGGCGUCUGGACUGUAAGUGCAUCAUCCUUUUCCAGAACAACACCUCAAACAAAUACUACAAGGAGAUCCCUCUAUCUGAAAUCCUGGAGGUGCGACCUGCCGGCAACUUCACCUUGGUGCCCUCCGGUACAAACGCGCAUUGCUUCGAGAUCAUCACUGGCGCCAUGUGCUACUUUGUGGGGGAGGACUCCAACACCCCUGCCCCCCUGUCCCCUCAGCAUGCCCUCCCCCAGCCACCUCCAUCCCCUAGCCAAGUGGCACCCAACAGUGGCAUUGGGCGUGAGAUGGCCAAGGCGUGGGAGAGCGCCAUCCGUCAGGCCCUCAUGCCGGUCAUCUUCCAGGAUGCCCCUCCAGCGGAGGGAAACACCACUCACAGACAAGCCUCCGUUAGCAUUUCUGUAUCCAACAGUCAAAUUCAAGAGAAUGUGGACAUUGGAACAGUGUACCAGAUAUUUGCAGAUGAAGUUCUGGGUUCUGGACAAUUUGGAGUUGUGUAUGGAGGUAAACACCGGAAGACUGGGAGGGACGUGGCCGUCAAAGUUAUUGAUAAGCUCCGCUUCCCAACUAAGCAGGAGAGUCAGUUGAGGAACGAGGUUGCCAUUCUACAGAGUUUGCGCCACUUGGGCAUCGUAAAUCUGGAGUGUAUGUUCGAGACCCCGGAAAAGGUGUUUGUUGUCAUGGAGAAGCUCCAUGGCGACAUGCUCGAGAUGAUCCUUUCCAGCGAGAAAGGGCGACUGCCUGAGAGGCUCACCAAAUUUCUCAUCACUCAGAUUCUUGCAGCCUUGCGACACCUGCACUUUAAGAACAUCGUUCACUGUGAUCUCAAACCUGAGAAUGUGCUGCUUGCCUCUGCUGAUCCUUUUCCCCAGGUAAAACUGUGUGAUUUUGGCUUUGCCCGAAUCAUAGGGGAGAAGUCGUUCCGUCGCUCGGUGGUCGGCACGCCGGCCUACCUCGCCCCGGAGGUCCUUUUGAACCAGGGCUACAACCGCUCACUGGACAUGUGGUCUGUUGGCGUCAUCAUGUACGUCAGCCUUAGCGGGACGUUCCCUUUUAAUGAGGAUGAAGAUAUCAAUGACCAGAUACACAACGCUGCCUUCAUGUAUCCUUCCAACCCAUGGAAACAGAUCUCCUGCGAUGCCAUUGAUUUGAUCAACAACCUGCUGCAAGUCAAGAUGAGGAAGCGCUACAGCGUCGACAAGAGUCUCAGCCAUGCUUACUUACAGGACUAUCAGACAUGGCUGGACCUGCGAGAGCUGGAGACCAAGCUGGGUGAGCGUUACAUCACCCACGAGAGCGACGACAGCCGCUGGCAAUCGUUCGCUCACCAGUACACUCUGACGUACCCCGCUCACCUCGUGGCCCCACCUCCCGCGCCCGCCUCGGACGACGAAGAGGGCAAAGAAGACACAGAAGUGCAAGUCCUCACUGAGCGGGUCAGCAUUCUCUGAAGGUCCAUAAGGUGUGUUAGGACCAAGUUGUUCUCCUAAUAGUGUUUACACAGUCAUCACAGUUAUCAGCCGUAUGACAGCACUUCAUUUGUCAAGUCCAAUUUUCUCCAAGCAGCCUCAUUCAAAUCAUCAUUUUGAAGUGUUACUUUUUUUUUUCUUUUGUUCAUAAAGUUAUCCGAAUAAAUCAAUGAAAAGUAGUAAUAUUUUGGUAUGGGAUCAAUAUCACGAUGAAGUGCCUUUGGUGACCUCAUCAGAAUGACUCCAUUGUCAUGAAAAUGUAGCGGGAAAAUGAAACUCUGAGAUUUCAUAAAAUAACAAAACAUCUGCACACUAACCAGUACAAUGAUACAUCUCUUAAAAUGUGUUUCCUUCAUUUAAUUUUUUUUUCCUUCAAAUUGGACGCAUGUGAUUUUUGUAAUUUCCCACACACUGUUCUGCUCGCUGCACCAUUUGUAGUCAGUCGGCAUUUGUGUUUCCGCAAUGGAGCCUGAAACAGUGGCUACUGUACAGUAAAUAUUUCCACGUAUGUUUCAGAAUUUUCGUAUUACGAUUGUCGUUGAAUGUUGUAAAGCUUAACAUGUCCACUCUGUCGUAGUGAAAUAUUAACUGAUAGUGAGACCAUUCAGAAAUUUCAUGACUACAUUACAAAUAAUUGUGACCUGAAUCCUGUUGCUAAGUUUGAGUCACACAUGAAUGAAGUCCAGUUCAGGUUUUUGGGUGGGGUUAAAUCCGAUCUUAUUUUGUAAGUCAUUCACCACAUUACAAAAACAAAUGCAACUUGUAAUAUGAACGGAGUGUGUUUACAGAAGCAAAUAUGGCGCCACAUUUCUGGUAGUUUAAGGAUUUCGUGGUUAGACUGACCAGUCUGCCCAUAUAUUUAUCAGUUUCUGAUGUUUGAUGACGUAUCGGUCGAAUCCGCUCGAAAUCAGCAUUCAGACUGGAGUUGCAUCGGUUACUGAACCGACUAACUUGCAAGUGCGAAAGAAUUUUCGGAAUUGUACCGUUCACAGACACGAAAUAAAAUCUGAUACACAUCUCACACUUUAUGGGCAGAACAAAUCAGAGUUGACCCGGAGGAUGAACAAAGCCAAAGUGAAGGUCCACCAUGUGCUCAUUUCAUGCUAACAUUAGCAAAAGGGCUCACAUCUUCUGUAGUUUGCAUGUACAUCGUCUGCUUGCAGAAAAGCUUGACCGGGGGUGCGUUUCUUACAGCAUGUCAUCGACUGAAAAUGAAGAUUCAAUAGAAAAUCUCGUUUUGUUUGGUGAAACGCAAAAGCCUCAAAGGCACCUUAUGGUGAUAUUGACUUAUAGAGAAGAAAAAAAAGAAUAUCUUCCCAUCAGUUGGCUCCAUAUAAAGAAACAUUUGGAUUGGUCGUGUAUUAUAAUGACGUUAAACACGGUGCUACUUAAUGGUGAAAAAUAGCAAUUGCAUGACUUGAUGAGGCGCUUUGAAGUGACUCAAGAUUUGCGUGUGUUGUGGUCAUUUCCUGUGCAACUGGAAGUAUUGAUUGGGUGACAACACGUCUUCCUGUAAUUAAUACAAACCACAAUCAUAACACUCUUUGGAAACUUCAAACGUUUCUGCCAGGAAGCAGGCGGGCAGUGAUUUUUUUUUUCCAUUUUCCCUCACCAUUUAAAUGGCAUUCUUUGUAUACGUGCUUUGAAUGUAACUUGAUUAUCUAUUAUCUGCCAUGCCGAUGGGUUGCAUGUUUGCAUAGCAUCCAAUGAUGUCGAUUCAGUGUAAAAUGUAGUGUUGCUUUUAUUUUGACAGUCCUCUGCAUGUGUACCGUGAGGUUGGUGUAGUGUCCAGUUUCUCGACAAAAAGUGGAUGAUGGUGAUGAUGAUGCUAGACUUUGUAGCACAAUACAAACCUAGAGAAUGAC